AUGGACGUCACCAAGGCCGUGUCGGCGUACAUUCAACGCAUGAUAACCGAGGUUACAGGUAUCAAAGUUCUUUUGCUCGACCAGCACACCACACCCAUCAUCUCAACUUCCUUCACGCAGUCUUCGCUACUCAGCCAUGAGGUAUACCUCACCGAUCGUGUCGACAAUGCCAAUCGCGACCGUAUGCGCCAUCUCAAUUGCAUCGCGCUAGUUCGUCCAACACCGCAAUCGAUCUCAGCUCUGACUCGAGAGCUUCGCCAGCCAAAAUAUAAGUCUUACUGGCUCUACUUCACCAACGUCCUCCAGAAGCAGGACAUUGAACUUCUCGCAGAAGCAGACGAGCACGAGGUGGUCAAGGAGAUUCAAGAGUUCUUUGCCGAUUACCUUCCAGUCAAUUCCGAUCUUUUCUCACUCAAUAUUGAUACCCCCCCAUCACGCAUCUGGGCCGACAGCCCCGCCGCAUGGGAUCAGCAAGGUCUCGACCAACAUAUCAAAGGCCUCCUUGCUCUCUUGCUCAGCCUCAAGAAGCGCCCCAUCAUACGAUACGAGAGGAUGAGCUCGCUCGCAAAGAAGCUGGGAGAAGAGCUUUCAUACCAAAUCAACAAUAGCCAAGCGGGUCUUUUCGACUUCAGGAGAACAGAAACGGCCCCUUUGCUCCUAAUCUUAGAUCGCAGGAAUGACCCCGUCACACCGUUGCUGACGCAAUGGACAUAUCAGGCAAUGGUUCACGAGCUUCUCGGUAUCCGCAAUGGGCGUGUUAGUCUUGCUGACGCCGAUGGUGUACGUCCAGAUCUCCAGGAAAUCGUUCUGUCCGGAGAUCAGGAUCCUUUCUUCUCCGCCAACCUCUAUGACAACUUCGGAGACUUGGGCGCCUCGAUCAAGAAGUAUGUCCUAGAAUACCAGUCCAGGACCGCUUCGAAUGCCACCAUCGAUACGGUUGCCGACAUGAAACGCUUCGUUGAAGAGUAUCCAGAGUUCCGUAAACUUGGCGGCAAUGUCAGCAAGCACGUUGCACUUUUGGGCCAACUUAGUCGUCGGGUGGAGAAAGACUCGCUGCUGGAGAUCUCGGAGUUGGAGCAGAGUCUUGCCAGCGUGGAAAGUCACGCUGCAGAUCUCAAGGCUGUUCAGGCCAAGAUCGAAUCACCAAAGAUUCCCCAUGACGCCAAGAUCCGCGUCGCUAUCCUCUAUGCAUUGAGAUAUCAAAAGCUGCCUAGCAAUCAGAUCCAGAAGGUGGUGCAAGAUCUGCUCCAAGCUGGCGUUCCAGAAAGUCGAGCCGCACUAGUUUUUGUUACACUCAACAUCGCCGGAGCGGAUCAAAGGCAGGAUGACCUGUUCGCCAAUGAGAACUUCUUCUCCAGAGGCAGAAGCGCACUCAAGGGUCUCAAGGGUGUUGAAAAUGUAUACACCCAGCACACCCCUCAUCUGGUCCAAACGGUGGACAACCUGAUGCGCGGAAGGUUAAGAGACACAAGCUAUCCCUUCGUAUCUCCGAGCCAAACUGGUACACCAUCAAAUCCCGCAGAGAGACCGCAAGACGUCAUCUUGUUCAUCAUUGGUGGUGCAACCUACGAAGAAGCUCGCUCGAUCGCGCUCCUCAAUGCUCAGCAUCAACGCGGUGCACAGGUCGCAGCACAACAGUCGCCUGUCGGUGGCAUGGUUGGCACUGGGACUAGAUUUCUGCUCGGCGGUACCUCGAUACACAACAGCAAAACAUACUUGGAUAUGAUACAAGAUGCCGCUUCACGCUUCGAUGGGCGAUUUGCAAAGCCCCCCGCCAACCUGGGCAGCGGUGGACCGGCGCUGAAUUUAAGCAUUGGGCCCGUGCAAUUAGCGGUCGGAGGUGGAGCAGGUGGCUCGAGGCAGGAUGGCUCCGUUGCCGGCGCGGCUGCCAAUCUUCUCCACCCGGAAUACCUGGGCGAGGCAGCAAGUGGUGCCAAAGAUCUGGCCACCGGUAUCUUCAGCCGUGUAAGGAAAGGCGUUGAGGGCACCAUUAGCGGCUUGCAAUGA